AUGGUUAAAGAAAAUAAUUGUGUGACAAUUGAUAUCGAUUUGUUAUCUAAUUCAAUACGACACAAUUUAUCCUUGCACAAUCGUUUUAUGCGAGUGCAGAAUGAAGGCACUGGAAAAUCGUCCUGGUGGAUGUUGAAUCCUGAUGCAAAGCCCGGCAAGUCUGUAAGACGUCGUGCGGCAUCAAUGGAAACAUCGCGUUAUGAGAAGCGUCGGGGACGUGCCAAGAAACGUGUUGAGGCUUUGAGGCAGGCCGGUGUUACAGGCUUAAAUGAUGCUACACCAUCGCCAAGCAGUAGUGUUAGCGAAGGCUUAGACCAUUUUCCAGAAAGUCCUCUACACAGGUAA